AACAGCCAAAAAAAGCCUCACAAGGACAACUUCAAAUCGCCUUUCCUAAUCCGAAUUGAAAUGGCUGGCGAAGAUUUUUUAAUGUUGGAAAGCUACUUUAACAGCGCCUCUGGAUUUGACUCAGACGACGCAGAUUUUGAUGAGCUGGACUGCUCUGAUCCUUUGGCCAUGAGCAGCAGAUGUGACCUGCACAAAGGAAUCCGUAUCGAGGUCACCAAGGAGCCUCUUAGCAUGCGCAGUGUUGCUAACGUUGUAAUCGCUCUGCAGAGGCUGAAGCACACUCAACAUGUUCAGUCCACAGAGUUCACUGACCAGGACCUCUUCACUAUCUUCAUGGAGAAUGUGAUUGAAGAGAGCAUAGCGAUCGAUCUGAAGUGUAGUGAAUCCCAGAGUUACAGCAUGCAGGACAAGGCUGUGCAGUGCACAAUAUGCGACAAGUCUAAAAGGGCCUUGGUGCGAAGAGACAAGCUUCCUAUACUGCUGGCCAUUACUCUGAAAGGUGGAAAUGAGGAGAAUAAAGCAUGGUUCAAUCUCUCAGCCUACAACCCACCAAACUGCAGAGGAAACGCAAAAGGCCAGCCUGUGUGUUUGGGGAUUGUGAAGAGCAACCUGUAUCUGUCAUGUACAAUGCAGAAUGAUACUCCUUUUUUAGGCAUAGAGGAGGUAAAAGACAAAGAGAGCCUGAAGACCAUCAAGGAGAACGAUGGAACGGAGCGCUUCCUGUUCUUGAGAAACGGACCCGGUGACUCCCUGAACACCUUCGAGUCGGUGAAAUACCCGGGCUGGUUCAUCACCACGUCCAAGGAUGAUUUUAAACCAGUGCAAAUGACUAAUCAGCAAACCAGCCACCUGCAGUUGUUCACGCUCCAUGAUGAGACAGUGGCUAUGUGUCCUAUAUGCCUGUGUCCCAUAAUUAAACAUAUAUGUGAAAUUUAUUUAUUUUUAGAAAUGGCUGACAAAGAUUUGUUAACUCUGGAAAGCUACUUUAACAGCGACUGUGGAUUUGACUCAGACAACGCAGAUUUUGAUGAGCUGGACUGCUCUGAUCCUUUGGCCAUGAGCAGCAGAUGUGACCUGCACAAAGGAAUCCGUAUCGAGGUCACCAAGGAGCCUCUUAGCAUGCGCAGUGUUGCUAACGUUGUAAUCGCUCUGCAGAGGCUGAAGCACACUCAACAUGUUCAGUCCACAGAGUUCACUGACCAGGACCUCUUCACUAUCUUCAUGGAGAAUGUGAUUGAAGAGAGCAUAGUGAUCGAUCUGAAGUGUAGUGAAUCCCAGAGUUACAGCAUGCAGGACAAGACUGUGCAGUGCACAAUAUGCGACAAGUCUAAAAGGGCCUUGGUGCAGAAGGAAAAGACUCCCAUUCUGCUGGCCAUUACUCUGAAAGGUGGAAAUGAGGAGAAUAAAGCAUGGUUCAAUCUCUCAGCCUACAACCCACCAAACUGCAGAGAAAACACAAAAGGCCAGCCUGUGUGUUUGGGGAUUGUGAAGAGCAACCUGUUUCUGUCAUGUACAAUGCAGAAUGAAAGUCCUUUUCUCGGCUUAGAGGAGGUAAAAGACAAAGAGAGCCUAAAGACCAUCAAGGAGAAUGAUGGAAUGGAGCGCUUCCUGUUCUUGAGAAACGGACCCGGUGACUCCCUGAACACCUUCGAGUCGGUGAAAUACCCGGGCUGGUUCAUCACCACGUCCAAGGACGACUUUAAGCCAGUGCAAAUGACUAAUCAGCAAACCAGCCACCUGCAGUUGUUCACGCUCCAUGAUGAGACAGUAGUCUCUCAGAAUUAGUUCUCAUUCAGAAAAACAGUUUCCAGAAAGUAUGUACUAAGUACUGAGUGUAAAUCUGGAGGCUCAUUUUAUGUUUAAGUUUAUCUCAGCUCGAGAUACCUGACUGUCUUGUGAUUGUUGGUGGUUUAA